AUGAAGGCUGUCGAGGUGCGCGAGACGCCUCGUCAUUCGGAAGCACCGUACACCAUCCAGUCCUCAGGGAGCGCGAGCGCGCCACCCAAGGGGACGGUGAUGACCCAGAAGGAAUGGGCAGUGAUCCAGAAGGAUGACCGUACGUGGGACCGACCCACGGAAGACGAAGCAAAGCGUGAGGCGGCGAAGAGGAACGGCAUGAAUGGUGCGACGGAGAUGGCACCGUAG